ACAUAAUAAGAUGGUGAUUGAACGGGUUUUCCUUAGACAGGCCUAUGAUUUCUUCUUCAAAUUUCUUGCGUUCUUGCAGCAUUGGCGCCCGUUGGCUAGGCAGUGGGACUGCGAUUGUCUGGGACAGAUGUUGGAUGCGCUUCAUGUCACCGCUGGACGCCUCUCUUCGAUGCGGAGUCCCUGAUGAGUGGCCACUUGAUGGUCUUUUUUCUCUUUGUUUUGUGCUUUCUUUGGGUGUGCUUGUGCCGAUGCCUCCAGCAGACUUGUUUAUCUCGGUGAUCCCGUACUUGAUGUAUGAAUUUGAUGGUUACUUUAUUUAUAAAGCGGGAUGAAAUCCUAUUUCAAGGAGUCCCCUCCUAAAUCUGAUGUCUGAUUGGUAUUGGUGUCCUCAAAGAAAUAGAGGCUUCUAAUUAAUCACCUUCGAACAAGAUUAGGUAGAUAUUCACAAGAUAAGACUAGGAAGGUAGGCAAGCCGUCUAAGUUAGCAAGUUGACGUGCCCACCCCUGAAAAACCAAAGCAAGUUCACAUGACCUGGUAUAUGUGCACCCUCACGUGCAAUUUGUCUUUUGGCUCAGUUCUAAUCUAGAACUUAGUCUAAAACGAAAAGAAGUUAGACAAAAGAAGUAAAAAUCUUUGUCGACAUACAAAUUUUAAGGCCUCCAUUGGUUUAUAAGAUAGAAAUAUCAUUGGAAUAGAAAAAAUCAUAGAAAAUAAAAUAAUUUGUUGAGGAAAACAGCAGGACUCUGCUGCGUAUUUUUAUUAAUUUUGGCAUAAAAGGUACAAGGUCUUAUAGUACAAAACCAAAAGAAAGAAGUAGAAAGAAUAAAAGAAUACACCAACAAAAGAAACAAACAAAGAAAAGCAGACUAUACAGAGAGAGCUAACGUUUGUGCAGGGGGCCAGAUUCACCAAUACUAGCAAACGAACUCAAGCUCUUUCUGCAGUGUGGAUUAGCGAACCUUACAUUGCCAGUGGAAGAAAUUCUACUGUUUUGUAUUAAAAUCCUUGUGGCAACGACUGGAAAAACAGAAAAAAUACUCCCUCAUCUAGCGCUUCAGUGUCAACGGAACAGCGAGUCUUCGUGAUACUGCUAGCCAGUAGCUACUUUAGCCUGCCUGCCAUUAGCUCACCAACCAUCUGAGCUGCUUGAGGAAACCAAAGAGGGGGGAGGAGAGCGAUGGCGUCGGCGUCGGCGUCUGUAGAAGAGGCCACCGAAGCAGUACCACGGGAGGGUCUGAACAAGAGGUCGCCGGAGAGAUACCACCUCGGAUCUCCGGCCACGUUCAGCGCCGCCGUUGAGCGCAUAUCUUCCGGUGCCGCGACGAUGGAUCAGUACCCAAGACAGCGCAUGCUAGCCUUGAUAGAAGAGCUCUCAGUCCAUGCUGCUCACGAACAACUCUGGAUUGGAGGAUCUGCACCCCGCAUCUGUGAAGGUGAAUUAAUUUCUUCCGUGGGGGUUUCCUAUCCUCCAUGGAGUCGCAGCGUAGGCGGCAGGAAGCUGCAGGAAGUGGGAAACCUGCCACCUGUCAUUUGACUCGGCACGUUCCGGUCGCACGCUAUGGUCAGGCGGACCAACUCAUGUUCAGCUGAAUCGUCACAUCCUGGUACUAGCACCAGGCGAUCAAGCUCGAGCCCCCGGCGGCGGCGGCCAUGUCAUCGUCGAUAUGGCUCCCCUGCUCCUGGCUACGGCGGGCUCUAUGGAAGCCGAACCCAAAGCAACCGAGAUGAGCCGAUCCGACGAGCAUCACGCGCGCUCCAUAUCGCAGACGCUGUUCUGCGCGCUCCUGCCGGCGUGCGUCACCUCGCGCGCUCUCUUCGAGCCUGCUGGUUCCGACUACGUCGGCCUGGCGAUCUACGCCGGCCUGCUGUUCGUCACGGCGGUUACGUACGCCGGCAUGUUCGCGUCCAGCAGGGCGAGCGGCGGCAAGGCCUCCCUGCGCGUCGUGGCUUGCGCCGCUAUCGCCGUUCUGACCAUUGCGGCGGGGUCGCAGCUCUCCGGGGCGGCGCACGUUGCUGCCGCUGCUUUCAUGGGUGUGGUGACGAGCUUGAUCGAGGCCAUUGCCAUGUGAAACCUGCGCUGCAAAUUGAAAUAUGUCUAGUUGUUUCAAUUAGGCCAUGAAAACAAUAAUAAAAUUAAGUAUUACUCCCUCCGUCUCAA